CCAAAGCCUGCCGGCAUAGCGCACUGCUCCUACAAGAUACAGUUAUUCAUUUUGAAACCCAACAUAAGUCUUUGGAAUCACAGAAAAGAGACGAGGAUCUACUUUAACUGACUGAAAACUCUCGGCGGCUAAUCCAUCCAUUCUCUACUCAGCACAUCUCUGGUUUCAAACACUCAACACACCACACCUCCCUAAUGUCAGAGGAUUCAGACCCAGGGUGCAGCUCCAUGCCUAGGGGGGCCUCAGGGUGCAACUCCAUGGCCCAGCUCCAUCGUAUGAGCAGCUACGGCCAGGGUGGUCCAGACCUGGGCCUUGCCUCAGAGGGCAGUGACAGCAUUGGGCGUAAGAAAGUCCGCUCACGUUCCCACCGCGACGACGUGGAGAUGAAGAGCAGUGGAUCCAGCGGGAGCGGGACCGAGUCACACGGCAACAAGAGCCACGGAAGCCAUGGAAACGAGAGCCACGGCAACGAGAGUCAUGGCAACGAGUCGACAGGUAGCUCCAACGGCAACAGCAAGGAUUCCGCCCUCCUGGAGUCAUCUGGGAGUAACAAGAGCUCUAACGCCCACAGCCCCUCUCCUCCCAGUAGUUCCAAUGCCUUCAGCCUGCUGAGUUCUGAGCAGGACAACCCCUCCACCAGUGGCUGCAGUAGUGAGGAGUCAGCUAAGGCCAAGACCCAGAAGGAGCUGCUCAGGACCCUCAAGCAGCUCAGACAUCUCCUGCCUGCUGACAAGAGAAACAAGGGCAACAAGUCCAGCUCCCUCAACACCCUGAAAUACGCACUGCGCUGCGUCAAACAGGUGGAAGCCAAUGAGGAGUACUACCAGCUGCUGUUGACCAAUGACAGUCAGCCAUCAGGCCUGGAUGUGUCCUCUUACACCAUCGAGGAGAUAGACAGCAUCACCUCAGAGUACACCCUCAAAAACAAUGACAUCUUUGCUGUAGCUGUAUCUCUGAUCACGGGGAAGAUCGUCUACAUCUCGGACCAGGCCGCCUCCAUCCUCAACUGUAAACGGGGCGUCUUCAAGGAUGCUAAGUUUGUGGAGUUCUUGACUCCCCAGGACGUCAGUGUUUUCUACAGCUUCACCACGCCCUACCGCCUGCCCUCCUGGAGGAUGUGCACCGGAGCAGAGUCAUCCCCGUCGGACUGCAUGCAGGAAAAAUCGUUCUUCUGUCGGAUCAGUGGUGGUAAGGAGUGUGAGGGGGACCUGCAGUACUACCCAUUCCGUAUGAUCCCCUACCUAAUGAAGGUACAGGACAAGGUCCAUUCUGAGGACCAGUUCUGCUGCCUCCUACUGGCUGAGAGGGUGCACUCCGGAUACGAGGCUCCCAGAAUCCCUAGUGAUAAGCGCAUCUUCACCACCACACACACUCCUAGCUGUGUGUUCCAGGAUGUGGAUGAGAGAGCUGUUCCACUUCUUGGGUACUUCCCCCAGGAUCUGAUUGGCACCCCAGUACUUCUUCUCAUGCACCCCGAUGACAGGCCUGUCAUGUUGGCCAUUCACAAGAAGAUCCUUCAGUACGCUGGCCAGCCGUUCGACCACUCCUCCAUCAGGUUCUGCACGCGGAACGGAGAGUACGUCAUCAUCGACACCAGCUGGUCCAGCUUCGUCAACCCCUGGAGCCGCAAGGUCUCCUUCGUUAUCGGGAGGCACAAAGUCCGCAUGGGUCCGGUGAAUGAGGAUGUGUUUGUGGCGCCACUCCCUGCCCUCAUGGAGACCAUGGACUCUGAAGUCCAGGAGAUCACUGAGCAGAUCCACAAAUUGCUACUACAGCCGGUGCACAACUCUAGCUCCAGUGGCUACAGCAGCGUGGGAAGCAACGACCACCUUGCAGCAUCCCAGGUGAUGACCAGCGAGGGCAACACACGUUCAUCCAGCGACAACAACUUCAACAGCAAUAGGAGCAGCUUAAGCAGGACACGCAUCGAGGAAGAGGGGGAGAGCGGCUGGGCCAAACCUAGGUCAUUCCAGGAGAUCUGUAAAGGUAUCCACCUCCAGAAGAGUCAAGAACAGCAGAUCUACCAAGCCUCCUCCUCAGCCAAGCCUGAGACCAAGAAGAACCCUGGCAAGUUCCUCCAGAAGAGUCCAGCAGUGGUGCGUCCCAAGGAAUCUGCAGCCCCUGUGGCCCCUCUGAAUUGGAGGGACAGUGGGGUCAGUGCUGGGGUCAGUGCUGAGGUCCGUGGGCUGAGCCUGGAGGACAGCAGCAGCAGGUUAGCAGUACAGGAGGAACAGCUGGCCUUCAACGACCAGACGGUCUACUCCUACCACCAGAUCAGCUGUCUGGACAGUGUCAUCAGAUAUCUAGAGAGCUGUAACAUUCCCAUCACUAUGAAGAGAAAGUGCCACUCUUCUGACAACACCACGUCCUCAGACGAGGACAAACAGAAAGGAGGGGACAAUCCCAUGCAAUUAUCUGAAGACCCUGCACUGGUUAAGGCUCAGCCUGGUAUAACAUCUGUGGAUGACAUCAUCGCAGACAAAAAGACAGACGCUACGACCUCAGCCUCAGGGGUAGUGGGCUCCUCCCUGGUGGCCCUCGCCGUGCCACCGUGCAGAAAAGCAGAGAGCGUGGUGUCAAUAACAAGCCAGUGUAGCUACAGCAGCACCAUCGUGCAUGUAGGAGACAAGAAACCGCAGCCCGAGUCAGAGAUCAUCGUAGAUGUAUCUGUGGCUGGGAAGGCGGUGGAGGGGGGCAGCCAGACUCCUGGGCCUCCCCCUAGUGCUGUUUCACCUCCCAGCCUGGAGAGGGAGCCCUAUAAGAAGCUGGGUCUGACCAAGCAGGUCCUAGCGGCCCACACCCAGAACGAGGAGCAGACCUUCCUGUGUCGCUUCAGGGAGCUGAAGGGAGUCCAGGCCUUCCAGGCCAACUGUUCCCAAUACCUGGAGCGCCAGAACGGACAGGGCGCCGCUGAUGCUGUGCCCGCUGUGCGCCCAUGCAAGCAGGCUGAGCCCGCCCCCUGGCGAAGCGGGCGCAACAAGAAGACCAAGUCCAAGCGGGUGAAACAGAACGAGUCGUCCGACAGUUCCGUGUCUCAUAGGAGGAGACAGCCGCAGCCCCGACCCCACCUCCUCAACCAGGGCCUCAACCAGACCUCCUGGUCCCCCUCCAACACCUCCCAGUCCACCUUCCCGCCCCUGGCCUACCCCACCGUGGUGCCAGCCUACCCCCUCCAAGUCUACCCCGGGGCAGGUACCAUGGCUGGCACCAUGCCUACCCGCCCAGACAACUCAGUGGCGGGCUUCGGUGACAGCCAGUGCAACCAGGAUCGCCAGUGCCUGCCACCAAACAUCCAGCCCUCGCCCUUCUCUACUCCCAUGGUGACCCCCGUGGUGGCUCUGGUUCUCCCCAACUGCAUGUUCCCUCAAAUGGGAAGCGGGGCUCCAGGACAGCAGCCUUUCUACCAGGCCGAGACGGCCGGCUACCCCUCCCAGCCGCAGCCCUUCCCCCUACUGACGUCUCUUUCCUACCCAGGCCAGGCAUCCUUCACCAUCCCUGCCCAGGCGUCCUUCACCAUCCAGGCCCAGUUUCCGGGCCAGAACCCCUUUGCGCCCCAGACGGCCUUCCCAAACCCCGCCCAGCCUUUCUCAUUCUCCAUGCCCAUGGAGGCUCCCAAGCCACCUGGGGAAACCACCCAGUCUCGCUGCUCCACACCUGGGUCCAUGGGCGGCAGGGACCAAGUGUCCUCCCCUCCACUGUUCCAGUCGCGGUGCAGCUCGCCCCUGCAGCUCAACCUACUGCAGCUGGAGGAGACGCGGUGCUCCCUGGAGAGACAGGACAGCAUGGUGGUGGCGCCCUCCGUUGGCACUCAAGGGAAUAACACCGUCAGCGAGAAGGGAGGGAGCGUGGUCGGCCAAGCCAUAGAGAAGGUCAAGGAGCUUCAGCAGGUGGGCCCGCCGGGUGACGGUAACCAUAGCGACGUCAACUCGUCGUCGAGUGACCUGCUGGACAUCCUGCUCCAUUCAGACUCUCGUUCAGGCACCAGCUCAGCCACUUCAGGGUCCAUGGGUUCCAGCUCUAAUGGCUGUGGAACCUCAGCUAGAACGUCUAACAGCGGAAUGUCUAAUAACAGUGGAAUGUUGGGAUGUAGAACGUCAGCUAGCGGAACGUCAGCUAGCGGAGUAUCUGGCAGUGGCACAGUAAGCAGCAGCCACACGAGCAACAACAGCAGCAACUACUUUGGCAGCAUGGACUCCUCCCAGAACAGCUGCAAGAAGGUCAAAGUGCACUCCAGCGGCGGCGGGAGUGGUGGUAGCGUUAGCCAGGGGCGGCCAAUGGAGGUGGAGCAAAGCCAAUAUGACAAAUAUGUACUGCAGGAUCUGCCGUGGUUAGUCACCGCCAACACUGACGACAAGGUCAUGCUGACCUAUCAGAUGCCCUCGCGGGGCAUCGAGAGUGUGCUUAGCGAAGACCGAGAGAAGCUAAGUGUGAUGCAGAAGAGCCAGCCGUGCUUCACCGGGGAGCAGCAGAGAGAACUGGUGGAGGUCCACCCCUGGAUGAGGAGAGGAGGGCUGCCCAAGGUCAUGGAUGUCGAGGCCUGUGUGGGCUGUGAGGAGGACGCUCCAGAGGCGGUGUUGUCUGAGGAGCUGCCUGGCCUGGAUAUGUGAGAUACAGAGACUGAGACAGGCGUGGUCAGCCCCUCCAGGAACCCAGUGAGGAGCCCUUUAACAUGGACACCUGCCCAAGCCCCUGCCCCUGCCCCUCUUCUGGCCUUGGAUCAUCAUAGCCAAAACCACCCCCUGAAUCCACCCCUGUUAAUUGUAGCAGCAUCACCUCCGCCAAAGACUCGUUCUCAAGCGACAUCAAUCAUUCACCAAGACCCACCCUCAGGCCAACAGCUGUCCCUGACCAGAGCAAGACCAUAUUGGACUGCCUAGUACUGCUUACAUCCUGCGGGUACAAACCUUUUCUACAACAAGCUAAACUGUAUGGAAACUCUGCUACAGCCUGAGAGACCAGGGAACAUACAGACUGUUACAGCCCACCUGGUCAAUUCAUUUUCAAUGUGUGGGGAUGUGUGAGAGAGAGAAAAAGAAGAGCGAGUUCCAGUGUGUCCACAACACAGUUCCUGUUCUAUCAAUAGUUUUUUCACUUAUUGAAAUGAAUAGUUUUUUUUCACUUAUUUAAAUGUUUUCAUUGAAAAAGUUUGACUGUAGUAGUCUUGUAUUUGUGUUGAUGGUAGCCCCAGGGCUCUAAAUUUAAAAUGUUCAUUGGUAGCACUGGUGCUCCCAACUUAAAGAAGUUAGGAGCACCACAUGAAAUUUAGGAGCACCAAAUUGUUUUAUUGAAAUACAGCCUAUAUUGGGCCUAUACGAAUUCUAGGUACUUUUGAAGGACAUGAUGUGCCCUAGAAACUAAUAUGUAACAUGUAAUAUGUAUGUAAGAUAUUAAUUUAUUGUAAAAGCUAAAAUGUUGAUAGGAAUACCUGUCAUUGAAAUGACAAAGUAAUUUGUGGAAUAUUAGGUUUCUACAUUGUGUAAAAGCACUGUUUUCCUAUUGAGAUGCAUUACAUUGAAAAUUGUACACUGUCUCUUUAAAAACAGCAGGUUUGUGAUGAAGACAGGCAAGAGAUCUGUCAUUCAUUCAUCACUAGGAUCAUUGAUUUCCUGAUGAAGCUAUCCCUUUUCCUUUCUUUCUAUGACCCCAAAUGUUUGGAUAUACUGGUAAUGUUACCAGAUUGUUAGCUAGCUAGCCAAUGAGGUAACAUGACUGAAUUGUAAACAAAUGGUUAACGACAUGGUUUAUGAAUGUAAAAUGCAGUCCAAGUGAACCGCUAUAGGAAGAUAAAAAUGUAGUGCCGGUAAUAUGGGUCAGAUCUUUUGACCUGGGCCCAGUUUUCCAAAAGCAUCUUAAGACUAAGUUCAUUGUUAGCACCAUUGAGCUCAAUGGUUCUAACGAUGAAUUUAGCCUUAAGAUUAUUUUGGGAAAUGGGGCCCUGAUUGGGAUGGAAGCAAGCCGCUUUCGCUGUAGUAAUGGUGCAACCAUGACUCUAACUAAUCUGCAGUCGCUUAUUUCUCUAGGGCACUCGGAAACAACGUUACAACGAAGCCUUAUUACACCAAUUAUUAUCUGGGAGAUUUUAUUUCCUAGGCGCACAGUGCUCCCAAAAUAAAACUCCUGGUCGCACAGCAAAAUAUUUUGUUGCAUAUGCAACCAAAUCGGUUGCGCUUUAGAGCCCUGGGUAGCCCAGAAUAUUUGGUGGACUUGCUGUUUUUCAACUGCCUUUAAAUAUGAGAAACAAGAAACAAUCCAUUGGAGUGUAAGAAUUUGUAUCUCCCAUAAGUGGUUGGUGAAUUUUUUAUUUAUUUUUAUCCUCAAUUGUUCUACAAAAGAUAUUAAUGUAUACUAUAUGUAUUUAUUUUUAUACAGAGAAUAAUAACUGCUGGAAAAGCAGAUGAAUAGUA